AUGUAUGUAUCACUCCCUGUUAUGAGCCCGCCUGUCCUCUUGCGGUUUCUGCUCUUGGAACUCCUUGCUGCAAACUGCCAAGAACUGAUGCAGGGACGCAUUGUCGGAGGCUACGCCCCAGCGCCCUACUCCAUCAAGUACAUCGUGUCCAUACAGACCACCAACGGCCAGCACUUCUGUGGGGGAUCUUUAGUGAACAGAUACUGGGUGCUGACAGCAGCUCACUGUGACAUUGGGACCAAACAGCUCCUGAUAGUGGCAGGAGAUUACUCCCUGAGCACGUACGAAGGGACGGAGCAGUACUCGCAGCCUCACAGUCUGAUCCCCCAUCCGCUGUACAACAAGAGCAGCAUCAACGCUGACAUCAUGCUCAUAAAGCUCAAAGCCCCCAUGGUCCUGAACAGCUAUGUGUCCAUCGCCCCCCUGCCCCGCCAGGGUGGGGGGGUGCCGGAGGGGCGGGUCUGCCGCGUGUCAGGGUGGGGCUACACCAAUUCCGACGGGGGCCGGGUCCCUUACACGCUCCGCACGGUCCAGCUGCCCAUCGUCUCCACCGCCAAAUGCAACAGCAGCGCGUCCUUCAACGGGAACAUCACCACCUACAUGAUCUGCGCAGGCUACGCUGCGGGGGGCAAGGACGCAUGCAGAGGGGAUUCUGGGGGCCCGCUGGUGUGUGAGGGGCGUGUCUACGGAGUGGUUUCCUGGGGCAACGGCUGCGGAGACGCCAGGUUUCCGGGAGUCUACACGGCCGUCUCCAUGUUCCGGAGGUGGAUAGACCGGACCAUCUACAGCUCCUACAGCCGAUGCCUCAAGCAUUAG